UUUUACUGCACUGUCGUGGAAAGAAAAUCCCUGUCUAGGCAUGGGCCUGAGCACACAGCACUGAGAGGGGAAUGACUACUAUUCACAUGGUGAUUUAUAUUUAGGCAGAAAGUAAUUAGAAGUCGGACUUCUAACCCAGACUGUGGUGGAUGCUAGAAAGACUGGAGAGCUCCAACACUGCAUGAGAUCACCAACGGAAAGUGCUUUUCAAAAAACAUCUCCAACUUCAACCUGCUCUCUGGUCUAAAUGUGCAUGGGAAGCCAACCCUCCCUUCUAGGCCAGGCCUGAGCAGUGCUGGGAUACUUCAGCUGCAAAUCUUCAGCUGCCUCCAAUUUAUUUCUGAACAACUCCAGUGGCUAAGGUAUCCCAAGGGGAAAGAUUUACUGGAGGGGAGAACUACCAAGGCACAAAUUGUGAGAAGUUGGCAAAGUCAAUACCAGGCAAGUCUUCAUGAAUAUUAUUUCAAGGAGCGCCAUUGCCUCGACAUACUAUUAAUGAGAGAGUCCUUGUCAGUGGAGGAGGAUAGACACACCGUUGUGUCACAGAGCAAGCCCUCAACCCUUCCAGAGGUCUCCCAUUGGUGCAAACUGAUUGAUGAGUGAUUGCUCGUUGAUCGAUUAUCCUUCCUCCCAGCUGAUGCAGUGAGGCCAGUCUGGUUGCUUCAUAUGAUUUGGAAACUUUUCAAGCACUAAUCAGACAGAGAUAAAAGUUGUGAACUUUUUUUUAAUGUGUUGCCGUUUUUUGAGGUAAGAGUCAACUCAACUGAUACAUUGGACUGGCAGCGUUCGAUUGGAACCUCUUGACAUGGCUCUCAAUAUAUCUUCAGUAAGGGACACAAAAUGGCUGACGUUGGAAGUGUGUCGGCAGUUUCAGAGAGGAACUUGCUCACGGAGUGAUGAGGAAUGCAAAUUUGCACACCCACCAACGAGCUGCCAGGUUGAAAAUGGAAGAGUUAUUGCCUGCUUCGACUCGUUAAAGGGUCGUUGUUCAAGAGAAAACUGUAAGUACCUUCAUCCACCUUCUCAUUUAAAAACCCAGCUAGAGAUUAACGGACGCAACAACCUCAUCCAGCAGAAGACUGCAGCAGCCAUGCUGGCCCAGCAGAUGCACUUCAUGAUCCCAGGCACGAGCAUGCAGCCUGUACCUGCGUUCAAUGUCACCCAGGGGCUUGGUACGAGCCCAGGUCUCAGCUACUCUCCUUACCUUACACCCAUGACCUCCAUGAGCCAUGGGAUGAGCCUGAUACCCACGGAGCUGCUCCCCAACACCCCAGUCAUGGUCCCUGGAAGCCCCCCGGUCACACUCCAGAGCUCAAACUCGUCCUCCUCUUCCCCCUCACAGAAGCUAUUGCGCAUCGACAAACUGGAGGUGUGUCGUGAGUUCCAGCGGGGGACCUGUGCGCGAGGCGAGACGGACUGCCGCUUCGCCCACCCCAGCGACAGCCCCAUGAUCGACACCAGUGACAACACGGUCACCGUCUGCAUGGACUACAUCAAGUCGCGCUGCUCCAGGGAGAAGUGCAAGUACUUCCACCCCCCUGCACACUUACAGGCCAAAAUCAAAUCCUCUCAACACCAGGUCAACCAUACAGCUGUGGCAGCCCAGGCAGCAGCUGCAGCCAUGACUCAGUCGACUGCCAAAGCAAUGAAGCGAACCUUCGAGGCAACUGUAGACCUGCAGGCAUUCCCUUAUGGCUGCCUGCAGCCCCUACCAAAGAGACCAGCACUGGAGAAGAACCACGGGGCCAGCUCCUUCUUCAACCCCAGUAUGUUGCACUACCAGCAGGCUCUGGCCAAUGCACAGCUCCAGCAGACAGCUGCGUUCUAUCCCACAGGGUCAGUGUUUUGCAUGUCUCCUGCUACCGGCGUUGUACCCAUGAUGUACAGUGCUACGCCUGCUACUGUCUCUGCAGCAACUACUCCUGCCACAAGUGUUCCCUACGCAGCAACAGCACCAGCCAAUCAGAUCAUCCUCAAGUAACUAACAGGAAAGGAACAGAGUGUCAAGACGCUGCCCUUAGAGGUCCCAAACAGCCCUUCUGUAAAUACUACAUUUGCUCCACAAGAGAACUACAGCAACCUGCAUGCUGAGAAGAAGAUUAGAGGCAAUGUAUAACAUUGAGCUAUGGUAAAAAAUAUAUAUAUAUAUAUAUAUAUACACAGAUGAUAUACCAGUGUUGCUAGGACUACUACCAUUACUGAUAUGUAAAUGUAUGAUUUUAUUAUAUGUAUACACACAUGAUUGGGGAUUCUGAAAAUGUAAUUGUAAAGGUAUUCAACAAUUACUUUUAUGACCUUUUUAAUGUUUUGCUAAAACUACACAACUCACCCAAAUCUAACUUUUUUUUUAUUUUUUGCAGAAUUGAUUGUGCAUAUUAAGUGUUUGAUUCCUUUUAUUUAAAACAGACCAUUGAAAAGCUCUCUUGUUUUUACCCCAUAUACAAAUGUACACUUGGCCUGUGCAUCAGGCUGGAAGGAGUGCUCUUCUUGUUCUUGUAAAGGAUGGAUAGUCUGUUGUUGUUUAUCCAAUGGUUGUUCUCUGAGUAUAGGAUCACUGCUCCCCCUCCCGGUGUGCCUUGGUCCCUUUAUGAUGAAGGAAUAAGACAUGAUAAUAGCAGAACAUUUCAUUCUUCUACCUUAUGGUGGCCAAAUGGCAGUGAUAUAAUCAGCCACUAAUUCCAGAAUUGAUAAUGAAUCUAGCGAUCACUGGUUCCAAGUGUCUGUUUGCGUUGCACUGUUUGCGUUAUGUCUAUUGGGCCUUGAGUAUUUUAGCAUUCAUCCAAGAAAUACCAGAUGUGCCAAUGACCUAGCAGAGUGAUUGGUGGGCUGAAAAUAAGCCACCUUAGAGGAUUUGAAAGUCUGAGUAAGAGUUUGGUGAGCUAUUAGACAUUUUAAAGGGUUAGGUGGUUAUACUCUGAGGCCACAGACAUUAAAGAGGGAACAGAAUGAUAAGACUUCAAAAGAAAGGUACAGUACAUGUGGUGAUUUUUGUUAAAAAGGCUGACUUACACAUGACGGGAGGUCACUUGUUAAUCCGGUCUUAUUUUAACUGUAGAAGUGCCUAAAGUAAUGUGUAUAUAACAUGCAUCUUCAAAAAGGCUGUGUGGAAGAAAAUGAAAAUAUUCCAAAUUAAAUAGAAAACCCUCACAAUUUCUCAAAACACUCCACACUCUCACAAUAAUCACUUCUGGAAGAAAAUGAACACCUGUUUUGUGUGAUGUGAAUUUAGUGCAUUGGUACUCUUUGUACAUCGGGUUAGUUUUUACUGCUUUAACUUUUCAUUGAUCAUUGACUUUUAAUUUGUAUUUUUUAAAUAUUUUUUUUAAAUGUCAAUAUCUGACAGAUCUGAACAUGACUGCUUUGGCAUGAUGUUCAGUGACGGUUCAUUAUGUAACAUGGUUUAGCUUCAUUCUUAAUGAGUUGAACGUUUUUUUUUUUUUUGCGACUAAAAAAAAAGUGAUUGGAGGUUAGAAAACCCAGAUAUGUAUCGUAAUUCUUAAUUCUAUGUUGGUAACUCAUUCUUCUCUUUAUACAGCUGUCUUUAUCAUAUCCUCACGUUUACUGCAUUGAUAUCAUAGUCUAACAUCUUUCAAGUAGAGUGCAUCACAAUACAUGUUUUAGUGGUAGGACGUGGUCACAUUACAAAUGUAAUGAAACUCCUAUAACUCUACAUAUGUUAUUGUCAAAGCUUCAUUGUAUUUACAAACUGGUCUAUAAAACUAGCACUUACAAACAGAAGACAGAUUUAUCCACCAGUGCAAAGUCUAUACAUGUUAUUUACAGUAGGGUAUAAAAGACUAAUGAAGCCAGUUAUUUACAGAAGGAUAUAAAAGAUGAAAAUAAAGUAAAAAAAUAUUGAACUAUUUACAAUUUAUCUACACGUACCAUUAUUUUACCUUUUUGCUCAAACUUGUAUGUUUUAUUUGCUCUUGAAAUAACAGUUAAAAAAUUCACACAGGUGCAAACUCGAAAUGUUACCCAGUCUUUCAUUCUCCCCUUUUCAUUUUGUGUGUGAUUGAAAUCUGUCAGUAGAAAUUUGAAGAAAAAAAUAAAAAAUCUCAUCAGUAUCAAGGAGAUUUUUUUUCCAUGAUGUUUGAUCAAUUCAGACAAUCAACAGUGAGACUCCUUCACUCAUGUCCUCACCAUCUUUGUCUUUUUCCAUCACUUUUUUUCAUUUAACAUUUUCAGAAAAGUUCAUUUUUAUGUAACGUUUGAUGGAAAUAAAUGGAAUAUACUUAGUUUUUUUUUGUUUAACAUUGUUCAAUAACUAAUGUUGUAUUCUAUUUUAAAGUGAAUGUAAUUUAUUAAGCUGAGCUUUGCUCUGCUGGUGGUUCCUCAAAGGACCUGUCCUGUCACGUUAGCCUAUGAAAAACCAUCUGUGAUCAGGAAUGGAAUGUUGGAGCUACCAAUGGCAAGCUUCCACAUCUCGUCCUUGUCACUGCCUUGUCACUUAUACAGGACAACACACUGCAGUACGAGCAAGGUUGUAGAAUUGCUUUUAUUAUGUAUAAAAACUGUUUAUUGUAUAGGUCACAGUCUACCAAAAAAAACAAACAUUUAAGUUCAUGUACUUUUCAUUGUAGUACAGUAUAAUUUCAUAACUAUAUUAAUUUUCCUCCUAAAGUUGCAAUUACGGAACUCUGUAUUUUUGGAAAUUAUGUAAUUGUUAUGCUUUUCUAGAGCACUGCAACACACUAGAUUGUAUUGCCGGAAUCUGAACAUUUCCUAUGUUAUGGCAAAAAAAAUAUUUUCAGUAUCAUGUUGCCUUGGUAUCACAAAAUAUUCAUUUUGCAUUUGACAGCCAACCCAAUAUUUACAUACAUACCAAUUAAUACAUGCUCUAAUCUUUCUAUUCCACCAGAUAAAAAGUGUCCCUGGACUCAUACAGACAAGGGAAAACAAAAGUGCUUUGAGUUAAACAUAUAGUCUUGGGUAUGGCUAAUGUGGCAGUGAUUCUCCUAAAUUAUGUCAAAUGUUGACUUAAGGCGUCUUUUACAAGAAACAAUGUUUUUAUUGAAAAUGUUUCUUUCAGUGUUUUAAUUUCAACUUGAUUUUUGCUAAAUGUUUUGAAUGUUGUUAUAGCUAGUUAAAUCUGCACCUGAAAGUCAGUUGAGAUUUUUAGAUCACCCAAUCAAAAGAGUUGGACAGUCAAAUUGUGUUCACUUUUACUGACCCAAUAGUAACAGGAUUCCUUAGCACUUUGUGAACAGUUGGUAAACCGAUCUGAGCAGACUAGCUUAUUAGUGAUCUUUGCCUUGCCUUUUGAUGUAUUGUUCUUAAGUUGUUAUGCGUUAGGACUCAUGAAAUAUAAGGAUUGUAAUUAGUCUAUUGCAAUUUGUGAAAUGUGCUGUUUUAAUUCUCACUACAGUACAUUUUCAUUUUGAGGUCAAAAUGGUAGAUUGUAAAGAGUGCAGUUAAAUAUUUCACUGAGAACAGCUUGAUGAUGAGAACUGACAGGUGCCAUUCUAAAUGGUGCUGCUACAGUUACUGCAGGGUUAUGUUUAAACUGCUGUGCUGGUUCACAUAUGGUUCCAUCUGUAGUGCCGUACUCUAGAACAGAGGGGACAAACCCUUACUAAUUUUGAAUCUGUUCACGUGGCAAUUUUAAAUGUUUUAUUUGUGCUCAUUUAUGUUAUACAGUAGUUUUGGUAAAUGCAAAAUUGUGUAAAAUCUAAUGUUAAAAAAUAAAAGUUUAAGUAAAAGCCAA